CCGCAUUGCUAAUCCUCCUCCUUUGACUUCAUUCCCUUCAAUAUGUCUAGCCUCCAGAGGCAAUUCAAUACACAGAAAGCGGUUCUUCGGCAAUCAACGAUUAAGUAUUUAUGUCCAGAAUGUCUGCGAGGUUUCCCACGACCAGACACUCUAUACAGACAUUUCCAAGAUGUUAAAGAUGAGGCCCACAAAGGGCUAAGUUUGAGAAAGGAUGACUACAACCAUUUUUACUCGUGCUAUCAAAAGUGCCUCGGAGCUUCGAUCCCAUCGAAAUGUCUGCCCAAGCCGCCACAUUGCUUUGAGUUGCAUACAACAUCCGUAACAUAUCGCGGAUAAGCAUCAUGCUUCCAGGGCUCAAGGACAUUGCGGAGAUUAGGCGAUGAUACUAACAUCUGAGCCAAAGACUCUUCAAAAUGUUCCGAUACCUGAUGCUACAUAUUCUGAAAUUCUGGGAGGGCAAGUGUCGAAAAUACUACCUCAUCAUCAACUUUUCUGACAGUGCCUCUCAUUAGUGGUGAGUACUCUCCUCUCUUAUUGUCAAUCUACAAUUUAGAUUAGCUCAGUAAGGUUCAUUUUAAAC